UUUCGUCCCUCGAUCAUUCUUCUGCGAAGAAAAAUUAAAGAAAGAUGUUGGAUUACGUUAAACAAUCACACCGCUCAAUUCGGUCAAGAGGUGCGGCAACGAAAAUCAUAAAAUUAGGUUCACUUGUUACAUUGGCGUUAAUGACAUGGCAGUUGAUAGUUCUGGUAACCGGAACCAAAUACCCUGUUGCUGUUGUUCUUAGCGGAAGCAUGGAACCUGGAAUUCGAAAGGGUGAUUUAUUGUUCUUUAGUGCCAUGAAGAGCCCUCCUAUUCAAACGGGAGAAAUUGUACUGUUCAAAAUUGAGGGUAAGGAAAUCCCUAUCGUUCAUCGUGUAAUAAAGGUCCAUAGGCAGAAUGCUCCCAACAAAUUCAUUCUGUUAACAAAAGGCGAUGCUAAUUCGGAAGAUGACAGGUAUGGGGUAUAUGCAGAUGGCCAACUGUGGCUUGAAGAUCAUGAUAUAAUUGGAAGAGUGAUAGGGCGUAUGCCAUAUAUUGGUUGGGCAACAAUUCUCUUGGGAAAGAAGCCUUUGAUGACGUAUGCUCUACUUGGUGGACUAGGCUUUGCUGAGUUGCUGAGCAUCGCCUCACAUUAGUUUUAUAAGAACAAACAUUUCAGAAGGAUUGUAAACCUGUGAUGAGUGUGUGAUGUUAAUUGAGCUAGAACUUGUCCUGUAUGGUGCUUUGCGUGCAAGCUUUUUAAAUUUGUACAAGCUCAAUCUUAAACUGAUAGACUGCGCAUACAAAUUUGGAUGGUAUUGUACAUGUAAAAUGUAUAGAAAUCUUUUCCCAUAUAACCUGGAAAAAAAAAAAAAAAAAAAAAAUCCUACGUGUUCAUGUGGAAAAAUUAUAUUUUUUUUUUAAGAAAAUGAACACACAUUAAUUGCUUAUGAAUCACUUAGUUAAUUUGUCUUAAAACACGUGAGUUGUUUUUAUCUUUUGACACAACUGAAUUUAUAAGUGAUAAAAAUUACUUGUUUUAACUUAUUUUAAAUAAAUUAUUUACUCCCACCGUCAAUAAAAGUUAUUCCUAUUUAAGAUGCUGCAUCUAUUCAUACAAUCCUACAGAGUAGUUUGAUGAAUUUGUUC